AUGCCGACUGGAGGGGGCCUGUGCGUCAGGGUUUUUUCCGUUCUAGACGAGGUACAAAUGGCUGAUAUUGAUACUCUUGAUGAUCUUGACGGAACUCAUGCCGUCAGAGCCCGAGAAAAAGCGGCUAACAGGAAUGUCGGAUGGUGGCAGAUCGGCGUCGUGCCAGCAGGGAUUCCGGGAGUUCCUCCAGGUUGUGAAUUGUCGAGGGAGGUGAGAGAAUGUCAAAAGUCAGAAGCAGCAUCCUUUGGGAAUGUUAGCUCCCUUCCUGCGCGGCGCACCAGCCGAGUGUCUCGAUCUGGCUCUUCUUGUCCAUUUGAUUUUCUUUAA